AUGAAAGUCACAGUUGCAUUUGGUGAAAUGAAGAUUGUGGUUCCAUGUGGUUCUGGUGAUUUUUCUGUAAAAGAUCUUGCUGCCAAAGCCGUUUACAGAAUGAAACAUUCUUUAAAAUUUUCCUCGGAUUUCGAUAAAAUUCUUAUUCAUAGCCUUUCAAUUUCCCGUGAUGGUGGAAUACUAGAUUGGGAUGAUCUUGUUUCAGAUGUGCUGGACGACCGUGAACAGCUCGUCGCUCAAUACUCCGUCGAAUCCAGUCUCCCAUGUUCGAACUUCUCCCCACCGAAGUUCCAACCAACUCCCAGCCUAGCUCCAUUAAUAUUUGAGGUCUCUCGGAUCCAGCGCUCCCAUGUUACAGGUACGGGAAGUGGUGACCCAGAUCCAAUCAGUAGCGGUGGCAGUGUUCUGAUAAGUCACAUCCGUAUUGGGCACAGUGGAGUUCAUGCCACCGCAGACAGUUCAAGUAGCAGCCUGAGUCUGAGUUCUGGUAGUUUAGGAGGUGGUGGUCAUCAACACCAUCACCAUCGAACUCCACGCAAUCAUCAAGAUCUCUUCUCGUCUAUUCGAUAUUCAAGAACUGCUGAAUUGCCGGAUCAUCAUUCUCAGCAUCACCACCAACAUCACCACUCACUUGCUCACCAGCAACCUCUAAACGAAAUUGAGAUUCCUCCACAGGGUAAGUAG